CACACAUCCCAAUGUACCAAACUCAACUCCGUCCGGCCCAAUAUUUAUAUACAGCAGCGAUAAGGGCACUUCUCAUAGGCCACAACACACAACUGAGCAUCUCUCUUCUGUCUCUCUGUAGUAGAUCUCUUUGGAAUCUUCUUCUAGAAAACCUUCUUGGCUUGUGUUCAGGUUCAAUAUCUUAUGGUAAUUUGGGGUUGAGUGAAAAAAGUCAACAUGCCGUGGACUUCAUCUUUUGUGAAUUAUAGCAAGAACUUGGUGGUGUUCUUUCGUGUUAUACUGUAAUUUUGAUUUCUUCUGUUGGUGAAGUUACAUUUGUUUGUCAAAGACACAUCUAUCAAGUGUGUUAUAACUAAAAAUUGGUUGGAGGAAGUGAGAAUGUACAUUGCGGUAACCAUAAAGAGAUAUCGAGCAGUGAAGGACGUUGGAAAAAUUAAAAUGAGCGGUGGGGUUAUUGCAUAUUACCAACUGGUGCAAGUUUGUCAGGCUGAAUAUUUCCGUCAGUUGAUUAAACCUGUCACGUAGUCUAGUAGUGUGAAGAUCUGGGAUUUUGGGAUGACCUGCACUCUGUGUUUACACAUAAGAAGGCAGUGAUGGAAUAAUAUAUUUGAUUGUGUUAACUGUUGCUUUGAGAUAGACAACUCACUUGUUCUGGCAUGGCAAUAGUGUGAUUACUGUUAGUGGUAUUGUCACUGUCGGAACCUUCAUCCAAUCGAUAUUCCAAGAGUUUUCAGAUAGAAGGUGAAAAUCCUUCUUUCCUUUGUUUUUUUUUUUUUUCAAUUAAGUACACACUAGAUGCAGAGAGACCAUCCUCCUCACCCAAAAAAGUCAGGGCCCCCCUUUGGAAAUCGUGGGGGUAACCAUUACAUGAAUAUUCCUGUAGCACCUGCUGUUGGUGCAGUUUUACCUCCAGCUGCAAAGCCACCAAUGCCCUUCAAAGGUGCUGAAUUGCGGCCCUCUGAGGUUUGUCCUAAGAAUUUCAUAAUCUUAGAUCAAACUUGUCACCGAAGUCAAAUUAUGUUCCAUCCUGCUAGUGCACACAAAUUUGGUGGUCCUAGUUUGAAUUUCUGUGGAAAUUAUAUCCAAGACAUCUUUGAGAGGAAGGAUGUUGCUGACAUAAAAAGAGAGAUUUCCUCUUCUCUAAAAGAAGAUUCAGAUGAUAUUGAUGCUUUGCUAAGCUUGGAAGAAGAGGAAGAAGAAGAUUAUGAUGACGAAGAGGUAAGCACAGCACGAACUGUUGGAAAUUACAGAAGCUACUCACCUGAUCCUGUUUCCAGUUAUGCUUCUAGACAUCAAAAGAAUAAAUCUUCUUCAAAGUUGUGCAGCACUGGCAACUCUAACAUUGAGCAGAAACAACAGAAAAUGAAGAAGAUGGUGAAAGUAUUGAGGGGAAUUGUUCCUGGCGCUGAUCAGAUGAAUACUGUUGCUGUUCUGGAUGAAGCUGUGAAGUACCUGAAGUCUCUGAAGGUUGAGGUACAGAAGCUUGGUGUUGGAAAUUUUAAGAACUAGGCAUGAUGCAUUGCCUGGUAACAGUGAUUAGUCGCUAUUAUAUGAUACAAGUUUUGCAGUAUUAUAGUUAAGUUGUCUCCAUCUCGACCAGGCAGGCUGACACAAUUUGGAUAAUACCAUUAGGGAGGCAUUUGGAAUUUGUGAUUGCGUAAUCGGCUUUGUUGUGCCAACAAUAAUGCAGGUGGUUGAAGUUUGAAACUCAUUAGAUGUAAUAUGCACACACUUUACUCAGUUCCCACAUAAAAUUUGUAUGCCAUCUUGAUAUUUCUGAAACAGUAUUAUGUAAUGAAGCACAUUGGACACUCCUUUUGUUGCAUUGUGGUUAUCUAUGCGUAGUUAUUCUUUGUCAA